AUGAACAGCGACGCAUCCGAUACGCCCGAUUACCUUCUGAAGAUCGUCAUCGUGGGCGAUUCUGGCGUUGGCAAAUCGAACAUCAUGUCUCGAUUUACCAACGACACGUUCGAGGAGAGCUCCAAGACUACGAUUGGUGUGGCAUUUGCCACAAAGAACAUGGCCGUCGAAACGUCGAAUGACAGCACUAAGGAUUGCAAGAAGCAAGUAAAGCUGCAAGUAUGGGACACAGCCGGGCAAGAACGAUAUCGUGCCCUCAGCAGCGCGUACUACCGCGGAGCCCAGGGUGCUUUGGUUGUGUACGAUAUCACGUCUCGGGAGUCAUUGGACUCCAUUCCCAAAUGGCUUGAGGAGAUCGACAAGUACUGCACUCAGGACGUUGUUGUCACGCUCGUAGGCAAUAAGCUCGAUUUGAGCGAAAACCGGUGUGUGAGCGUCGAAGAGGGAAAGAAGGUGGCGGCUAGAGAGAAUAUGUUCUUCAUCGAGACCUCGGCCAAGGACGCUACCAACAUCGAGAAGGCGUUCACCCACCUCAUCAAGGAGAUCAUCCAGAGCAACCUGUCUCAGGUAAACAAUGACGGGAAGAUCGCCGGCAAGGCUCCUUCCGAUACGGGCAUCACGUUGAAGCCGCCAGAGGAGCCGGAGAGCGACCCCAACGCUCCGCCUCAGUCGGGCUGCAGCUGCUGA